CCAGAUUCAAAUUCAGAUCAACAGAAAACUUUACCAGCGUCGUAUCCAAAAACUAGUCAAACCACUGCGAGCAGGCUAAAGUCAGUAGACUCAGAAGAGGUUACCGAAGAGGUUUCUCUUUUAUCUACUUGUGGAUUGCAAGCACUCAAG